GGAGGAGGUGGAGACAGGGAGAGGGCAGGGCUUCAGUGCAAUUUCCCAGACCUCUUUAGAAAGAGUUCCGGGGGAAAAGGCACACAUUCCAUCCCUUCAGGACAGCUGAGCCUCUACCUGCCUGGCAUUGGUCACUGCUCAAUUUCUUCACUAUGGUGGUCCCCAAUGGCAAUGAAUCUAGUGCCACAUAUUUCAUCCUAAUAGGCCUCCCGGGCUUGGAAGAGGCUCAGUUCUGGUUGGCCUUUCCGUUGUGCUCCCUCUACCUUAUUGCUGUGCUAGGUAACUUGACCAUCAUCUACAUCGUACGGACCGAGCACAGCCUACAUGAGCCCAUGUAUAUCUUUCUUUGCAUGCUUUCUGGCCUUGACAUCCUCAUCUCCACCUCAUCCAUGCCCAAAAUGAUGGACAUCUUCUGGUUCAAUUCCACUACCAUCCAGUUCGAUGCUUGUCUGGUACAGAUGUUUGCCAUCCACUCCUUAUCGGGCAUGGAGUCCACAGUGCUGCUGGCUAUGGCCUUUGACCGCUAUGUGGCCAUCUGCCAUCCACUACGCCAUGCCACUGUGCUUACAUUGCCUCGUGUUGCCAAGAUUGGCAUGGCUGCUGUGGUACGGGGUGCUGCACUAAUGGCACCCCUACCUGUCUUUAUCAAACAGCUGCCCUUCUGCCACUCCAACAAACUUUCCCAUUCCUACUGCCUACACCAGGAUGUCAUGAAGUUGGCCUGUGCUGAUAUCAGUGUCAAUGUCAUCUAUGGCCUCAUUGUCAUCAUCUCUGCCAUUGGCUUGGAUUCACUUCUCAUCUCAUUCUCAUAUCUGCUUAUCCUUAAGACUGUGUUGGGCUUGACACGUGAAGCCCAGGCAAAGGCAUUUAGCACAUGCGUCUCUCAUGUGUGUGCUGUUUUCAUCUUCUAUGUGCCUUUCAUCGGAUUGUCUAUGGUGCACCGUUUUAGCAAGCGGCGUGACUCUCUCCUGCCCGUCAUCAUGGCCAACAUCUACCUACUGGUCCCUCCUGUGCUCAACCCCAUCGUGUACGGAGUGAAGACAAAGCAGAUCCGACAGCGCAUCCUUCGUCUUCUCCAUGUGAACAUGCAUACUUCAGAUCCCUAGGAGUCAGUGAUCACAUUUUUUUAAAAUUUAAAAUCCUCCAAUUCUGAUUUUAAUAGAAAUAUUUUGAAAGACAGUAUUAAGGAAAAAGAUCUUCUUUAACAACAACAACAAAAAAAUACAACUCAGAGCCUUUGAAGAUGAAACUGGUGGGGGAGUCUUCAUGUGGAAAGAAAUGACAGGACCAUAUAUCAUCAUUCCCCAUUUUCCAAUUUUAUCAUCCUGUUUGUUUUUCACUUUAUAAUGAAGACCCUGAGGUAGUCAUGGGUGAGUUAUUACUUCCCAUUUUUCCAUCCAGAAAAUUGCUUCCACUGAUAGUCUGCUGCAUCCUGAAACAAGUAUAGUUCAUCUAAAGAAUACUUGCUAAAGGCUUAAGCCUGACAAAAGAAAAUAAACCCAAGAAUAAAAUAAGGUUAGAUAAUUUGGCUCAGAAAGAUGACUUCCUCUUCAGAAUUCCCAAUCAUUUCACAUGCAGGAAAAAGAUAUACCUGGAUUUCCUUCUUCAAAACAAAUUCCACAGAGAAAAUUGCUUUUCUCCUGGGUAUGAGGCUCUGAGGGGAAGAUUGAAAGUAAAGCCUUGAAAAGACUACAUUUGCCUACAUUAAAGAGAGAGGACACACA